AUGAGUGAGGUUACAACGCAGGCUGCGCAACCUCCAGCCACACCCAUCUAUAUCCUCCGCGGGCAUGCAUCGCCAAUCCACGCGCUGCAUCUCUUCAACCGGAACCUACGGCUAGUCUCUGCAGACGCGAAUGGAUGGAUCGUUGUCUGGGACCUGGUGAUGAAACGCCCGGUGGCUGUAUGGAAAGCGCAUGAGGGCGCAGUCCUUGAAGUCAAAGCUUUCGCAUUCCACAAUGGGGUCGAGACUGAUGUCUACACACAUGGACGAGAUCACAAAUUGCGGGUGUGGAGGUUCCGUCGCCAGGACGAGGAGAUCCUCCAGAAGACUUUGCCUGUCGAUGUGAGCGAGGGAGCGCAAUCGGAUAGUGCGAGCCAGCCCUGGCUUGUUCAUUCUCUCUCUGUGAAUGCGCUGAAUUUCUGUGCGUUUGCCAUACUUUUCAUAGGAGGUGGUUCGGGCGCGGGAAACAGUCAACAAGAUCCCUCCCCGGAAGAAGCCUCCAGUCCUCCACAGUCGCAGAGUUCACCACGAUCGGCUGUGCUGAUCGCAGUCCCCAACGCUCUAAAUUCCGGCGCCAUCGAUAUCUUCCAUUUGCCCUCGGAAAGGCGCGUAUGCACAAUCCCCGCGGACACAGCUGUGCAAACUGGAAUGGUCAUGGCUGCGAGCCUAUUCACCACGUCGUCUGGGGACCUGUACGUAGCGUGUGCCUUCGAGGAUGGCCAUGUCGCGGUGUUUGCUCGCAGGGGGCCAGUCAAAGCGCACGAUAUUGCGCAGGGCGCCGCCUCGUCCUGGAAGUGGGAGAAGCUGUACGCCUGCCGCCCGCAUACGCAACCCGUUUUGUCGAUCGAUGUCUUCCCUCGUGGGAAUUAUUUUCUGUCGUCGUCCGCCGACGCGCUGUUGGUGAAGCAUCCUAUUCCGCCGCUGAACCGUGCUAGACCUUUGCCGGGUAAUCGGCCGGAGGAUGCUACCUUGAAGACAGUCAACACUAAACACGCGGGCCAGCAAGGGCUACGCAUACGAUCUGAUGGGAAGGUUUUUGCGACGGCGGGAUGGGAUAGUAGGAUUCGAGUCUAUUCGUGUAAGACAAUGAGGGAGCUCGCUGUUUUGAAAUGGCAUAAGGAGGGAUGUUAUACUGUUGCCUUUGCGGAUGUCUCUAAGGUGGCUGAUCUGAACGAUAUGUCUACGGAUGAAAGGAGCGUUGGAAAACGAGAAAGCGAAGUGGAUGAUGGUCACCGGCAACUCGCAAGACGCGAUCAAGGGUCUUAUACUCUCGAGGCUGUUCAGCAUCAACGGAGCCAGAAAGUCCAGCAGACUCACUGGCUGGCCGCGGGGUCAAAAGAUGGCAAGAUUUCAUUGUGGGAUAUCUACUGA